UAAAAGAAACGGACGCACCUCACGAUCCGAUCAAACCGUAUCGAAAUGUCGCGUCCGAUUGUUGUCGUCUUCGCGAUUCUAGGCCUUUUACAGGCGGUCACUGCCAUCGACCUGUCGCUAUCGAGAAGAGUCCAGAUCGACUUCGAUGAGAAAGAUAUUGUGCCGAAAACGCAACUGAAAAGUCUCGUGCCUGAGGCACAUGCUGCCAGUGGAUUUAUCGGAAACCUCGAAAUUGGAAGAAGAUAUGCUGAUGAAAAAGUUUUCCGCCGAGUUAUCGAGUUCAACAAUCCAACAAAUACUAUUCAGACAACUACCUUAACGCUGACCAUUAAUGGAGGAAUUCUUCAUUAUCUCAGUGCGGUGAACGAGAACGGCAGCUACGCUGUAAUAUGCGAUGAGUCGACGACCCUGGGAUCAUCCAGUGGCAGCAUCAAUGUUCGCGCCGCUGCCAACACGAAAUCCUACGUCUCACUCGUCGCAGCAUCGCAUUAAAUACACUGUAUAUGAGAAAGGAAGUAGAAUUUAUUAUAACUCAUUUAUAACAAAAAUAUAUUAAAAAGUUGUGUCUUUUCUCAUAUCCCACGAAAAUUUAUUAACUGUGAUGAGACAUUUCUGUACUUCUUUCAUUGUAUUCUGCACGAAAAUAAAAGAGUCUUGAUAAAUCAA